AUGGUGACUCCGAUUCCUCGGCUCCGUAUCGACCCCAAUCUCUCCUUCGUACCAGCAUCGUUCAUCUCAGUAAGUUCUCCUUUUCCCUUUUUUCUCCUGAACUCGAGUUAUAAUGAAUCAUCCAGACGGAUGAUGAGGAUGAGGAUUUGUCGUCUUCAUGUUCACCAGUUAGCGAAAACUCUUACUUGGAUGGCGUUCAAUCGGACGAAAACGGGUACAAAGCCAGCAAAGACAGUAAAAAUCAGGUACUGUGUCAUUUUUGAGGUUUGUAAGAAACAUAGAAGAUAGAAAAUUGUCUGAUGCAACCGCGCUCUAAAUUUUGUCAUCGGCGAAUCAUAAAAAAAUCAGAAGAUGAUAACAAACGUGACGUUGUAACUUGACGAAGAGUCGAAAAAAGUCGGACUAAAGUGAGAUCUCGUACUUUGAAUUUCAUCUCAACCAUUUGGCGUUCAUGUGUACUAACUUUGAUAACCUUUCAAUAAUUUGGGAGUUUGGCUGCAAAUCUUGAGGUGUAUUCAAUUGUUAUUCAGACCAAACUAGACGAUUCGGGAGAUGAAAGUGAAGAAAACGAAGACGAAGAGUUGGAGAAGGAAGAAGAAGAUUUAGUAUUCAAGGAAGAGCCGGAUCCCAUCGUGGCGAAAAUUUUCAACAUGAUGCAGAAGAAGAGUCCUCCUGCUGUUGUUCAACCCAAAGAAGAACAGAAAACAAUUGUAGUGUUGUCUAAUCACUGCAGCGCUCCUUACAAUACGGAUAGCGAAGAAGAAGAGCUUCAAUUCGAGCUCGAAUUCUGA